UAUGAGAAGUGUGACGGUGUGUGUUAAGCUGAGAAAUAUUUUAGGUAGUAUUUGUGAAAUUAAUUAAAAUUGCUGUACAUAAAUUUCUAUUAUUGAUGAAAGUAUACAAUUAUCAGUUGAUCUACAGAAAGGGUAAUGAUAUAUUGAGAAGUUAGAGUGAUUAUGAUGCAAAACAUACUGUGUUUUCGCUGAAGUGGGCUGACGUCGGUAUUUUGGCUUAUUUAAUUCAUCAUGGCAGAUGAUUAUGAACCUGACGAUCCUGUUGGAGAAGAUUAUGAAGAAGGUGGAGAGGAAGAUGAAGUAUUAGAUGAACUUGAGCAAAAUGAGGAUGAAAAUAUUGACAUCUUACCAGCUACAGAUCAACAACCACAGAUGAACCAAAAACGUAUUACAAUUCCAUAUAUGACAAAAUAUGAGAGGGCGAGGGUAUUGGGCACGAGAGCACUACAGAUAGCAAUGCAUGCACCUGUUAUGGUAGAGCUUGAAGGUGAAACAGAUCCUCUUCAGUUGGCAAUGAAAGAACUCAAAGUUCGAAAAAUUCCCAUUAUCAUUCGAAGAUAUUUGCCCGAUGGUAGCUAUGAAGACUGGGGUGUUGAUGAAUUAAUGAUUACAGAAUAGCUGUAUGCAAAAUCUGUAAUAAAUGUAAUUAAUCUGUAAUUAAUAUUUUGUGGCUGUCUGCAGUGCUUUUUAUUAGCAACAGAAUAUGCUGCACUACAUUGUGAAUUCUAAUUUUUGUAUUAUCUUUUUCUUUUAUCUUUUUGAUUAAAAUUUUUUCUUUCAUUGUA